UUUGUAACACUUUCCCACUAGUUAUUAAAUAUGUAUUCGCUUCUGUCGUCCGCAGGUAGCAGUAUUGACCAUCUAGUCCAUAACCUUGUACUGCGUUAUAAAUCGAUGUGAAUCUGUUAAGGACGAUUAAAAAGCGAAUUUAUCUUUUCCCCCUCUUGUUCUCAGUGCUCUUUGCUUAAAAAUAGCGGCCAGUGAAUAGAAUAAAACAAAUGUAAAAAUUCUUUGGAAAUAAAUUAAGGAGAGGUGGUAGUGAACUUUCCGUUGUUUCCUGAGUUACAGUAAACGCGUUUGUGUACGAAUGAAGUUCGUAGCCGUGGCGUUGUAGUGUAAGGUCUAUGAUGUUGACAAAGCUGCCGUAUUGGUAGUCGAAGUGACGGAUGAAAUUUGUGUACCGUAUAAUAUGCGUUAUGAAAGAUUGGAACCCGAAAAACCACUGCUUUGAGAUAUCAGGAAAGAUUGUUGCACGUAGCAGAGAGAAGUUCCACCCCUAUGUCAAACACCACAGGGAAACUGAGAGGUCCUGGACGACCUCCGAAACCCAGAACCUCAUGUACGUGGUGCAAUGAAAAUAAACUCCCGUUGAAGUAUAUACUUCCCACUCAACAUGCUAAGAAAGAAUUCUGCUCUGAAACUUGUUUGUCAGAGUUCAGAAAAGCAUAUAUUAAGGGAGCGUGCUUGGUGUGCGACAAUGUUAUACGUGGAACACCUGUUCGGCUUGAGCAACAGGGUGGUCCAACAAAGGACUUCUGUAGCACUUUCUGUCUUAACAAGCACACAAAGAAGGAGCAAGCUGCUCAGCUAGCAGAUCAAAAGAGAGUUACAGGGUCUGAUCAACGGACAAUAAAUUCGCCUCCCACGGCUACUGUGCAGCCUGUGCCUCCAGCAUCACAGCUUGAUUCCACAAACAGCACAUUUGAUUGGGAUUCUUAUCUUAAAGAAACAAAUAGUGUCGCAGCUCCUCCAGAAUUUUAUAAGCAGGCUCUCACUCCGCCAACUAACGACUUUCAGAUUGGAAUGAAACUAGAAGCUUUGGACCCGAGGAACUUAACUUCUACAUGUAUUGCUUCUGUUGUUGGUAUUCUUGGACCACGUUUGCGCCUAAGACUGGAUGGAAGUGACAACAAGAAUGACUUUUGGCGUUUGGUGGAUUCAAAUGAAAUACACCCAAUUGGACAUUGUGAAAAACAUGGCGGAAUGUUACAGCCACCACUAGGUUUCCGGAUGAAUGCUUCAUCCUGGCCAAUGUUCCUUCUAAAAACCCUCAAUGGUGCAGAAAUGGCACCAGCAAAGAUCUUCAAGAAGGAACCCCCAACACCAAGAAGCAAUCAGUUUCAGAUUGGAAUGAAACUGGAAGCAGUUGACAAAAAGAAUCCCCAACUCAUUUGUGCAGCUACAAUUGGUGCUGUUAAGGGGGAAAUGAUCCAUGUCACUUUCGAUGGUUGGAGAGGUGCCUUUGAUUAUUGGUGCCGUUUUGAUUCGAGAGACAUCUUCCCUGUUGGUUGGUGUGCAAAAAGUGGCCAUCCAUUGCAGCCACCUGGGCAAAAGACAGCCCAUGGAGCAAGUCGGUACAAAACCAGAGUGUGCAAUAUUCCUCCACCACUUGCUGUUUCAUGUGGUGCAACCUCAUCUGAGCAGGUGUUGCCAGGCAGCAGUGUUGGAGAAAAGGAAUCGUCUGUGACAGUUACUGAGCCAGACACAUCAAGUUCACAAAAGCAGUCAUCUGCAUUUUGCAUAUUCAUUAACCAUGGCUGCACAUGUGGUCCAUAUCUGGAUCCACGUAAAGUAUCAGAAUUGCCGGUGAUGUAUAAUGCCAAGAACAUAAACAGAUUACUCAGAGACUUUGUGCAGUCUCUUGUAGAUGCUGCAUUAGAUCAGAAGCAAAUAUUUGGCAUUUUGAGACAAGGUGAAGGAAAGGUUGUUAUAUCAGUUGCCUUCGACAGUAAAACUGUUGAUGUCCGUCUCCCAGCCAUUGAAAAGAUGUCCGAUUUGUGGAGUUUCUUGGAAAUUCUUUUCGAGGAACUCAUGUGCUGUGAAAAUUUUUGUACAAGCCGGCCUCUGGGAGGUUUGUGCCCCAAGUGUUCAAAGCAGUUAACGCCACCGGCACCUAAGACAGAAGAUUGUGAAGUGAGCACUGAAGGUGGCUCAGAUAGCAGUACAGCUGUGAAACGAAGGUGGUCUUCAGAAAGCUCAGAUUCAAGUUCUCGUCCUGGACAGAGUCCGACAACAGCCGCGGCAGCAAGCACAACUACUGCAUAUUCAUCUGUGGCAUCCACAACAGCACCAUCAGCUAAGCAGCCUAGAAAAUCUGUUCCAGCAGAACUAGAAGCAGCAACUUCAACCACUCACUCUGAAGCACCGCCAAAAACGCCAACAGACCCGUCUGAAUGGUCCAUAGAGGAUGUAAUACAGUACAUUGCCUUUGUAGAUCCAGCUUUGGGAACACAUGCAGAACUGUUCAGAAAACAUGAAAUAGAUGGGAAAGCUCUGCUUCUCUUAAAUUCAGAUAUGAUGAUGAAGUACAUGGGUUUGAAGUUGGGGCCUGCUCUAAAAAUUUGCAACUUAGUCAACAGGAUAAGAGGAAGAAGGCACUUACCUUUAUGACAAUAAUGGAAACCUUCUCUUAUGAAGGUUUCAAUUUCUUUUGGAAAAUGGAUACUGUGGUCAGUAAAGAAAGCCUUGAAGCAAACUUGUAUAUCAUUGCAGCUUAGUUGUAGUGUGAUGGCAGCUCAUGUGCCUGAAGCAGAGAACCUACAGAAAUAAGGAAAAUUUUGUUUUUGUGCACAUAUGUCAUCAAUCUGCAUGUUUGUACACCAUAGCCCAUAAGGAACUGAAGCCUAUUUCGGUACGAGAGGAGUAGUUUGUGUUAACAAAUUUUUGUAUGUAUGUCUAUGGCAACCAUUUGACAAUUUUGUCUGUUUUCAGAUUUUUUAAUUUUUAUAGAUACAUAUAAUUAUUUUAUUAUAAUUGAAGCCAAUGGUGCACUGUUCAGAAUAGCUCCAUGGAUAAUUUAUUUUACAUGUUGAUUGAUGAUGACUGUUAUAAAUUGAAACAGUAAUUUCAAGGACACCUUAGGUGAUUAUCAUUGGUGAAAUGUGUAUGUAUUUUGAAAUACAGUACAAGUAAUGUAUUACAGGAAUACUAAUUAUGAUGAACCAAAAUUCUGAGUAGGUAUGUGGAGUUUAUUAAUACAGCAAGCAGAACUGUGUAGAGGCUGGCCUCGUCACUGAAUACCAGAUAUCUGAGUGCCCAUUUCUGUUACUCAUAUUUUAAUUUUUUACUGUAAUGAAAAUAUUUGUCUUAACAUUUCUCACUGUAGAUUGAGUAAUGGACAGUUUAAAGAUUAUAUAUUUUACUUGGGUAUGAAACUCGUGGUUUGAAGAGCUCAGUUAAUAUGAGCAAAUCGCAGAAUUUUUCACAUUAUUGGUUGUGAUAAUUACAAAAAAUUGUCUACAUCGUUAUAAUUUGUUGAUCAUGUACAUUAUAUGUUUUGAGCUUGAUUUGUGGGUAUAGAAAUAUGAACUUUUGUGUAAACUUGAAUAGGAUUCUAUGUGCUCCAUUUUUUUCUUAUGUUGUUUUUAAUUUUUGUGUAUUUUAUUCCUUUCUCAUAAUGAGAAUGACAGACAGUGGUAGAACCACAUUUUAUUCAGAUGGACAGAAGCAAGUUGCAUUUGAGUCAUGGGAAGUCCAAGCUAGGAAUAAUAUUUGAAUAGGUUGAUGAUGGAUCACAAAAAUGUUAGAUGAACUGAAAAAAAGGUCUUCUAUUUCCUCUCCUCCCUUUCUCUUUUUUGCAGUUUGGUGGAUAAUAUUUAUAUGUAUUUGGCUCUUUUAUUGUUGCUAUUGUAUGGUCCUGUUUCUUAAGCAAGCCUUUCUGCUGCACAUUGGCCUUUUGUGUCCUAUGUCACAUGUGCACCACAUUUAUAUGUAAGCCUACAGUAUGGUGGAAGCUCAUCUUAGGAGAGAGAUGGCUGCCAAAAAUUAUGAAUAAGAGUGACAUGAAGGUGCAAACACAGCUCUAUGAAAAAAUGCGGAUAAUUCUUUUUACAGAAACUGAUGAUGUACAUACAUGAGUAGCUUUUGCAUUGAGUUAAACAAUCUGCAGAUAUCAAAAGUUACCUGAUCUGUUAAGGUACAUAUCCUUCACACAUUACAUUCUUCCUACUUCUAAUUAGGGAACUUCCUGUAAAAAAAAGUGAGACUUCAAAUAAAAUACUGUGCUGAUUUCUUUCCUUUUUUAUUAGUUAUAUCAUAGCCUGUCUUUGCCUUUUUGUCCUAGCACUUUCUUUUUUAUGUUUUUUUUUAUAUGUUGUAUGUCAUAGUCAAAGAGGGGAGAAUAGGUUAUAAUAGCAAUGCAUUCAGUUUAGCCAGGAACAAGUUUUCUGGGUUUGUGGUAGGGCUUACCAAGCUGGAAUAAUAUUCAAAUGGUUAAUGAUUUGCUCGACAUGUAUUGAGCAGUGCAUAUUUGUGCAAGUUUGUGUGUGUGUGUGUGUGUGUGUGUGUGUGUGUGUGUGUGUGUGUGUGGACUAUAUCUUCAGGAAAUCUUUAAAUAAAUUGAAGAGAGGGGUAGAAAUUCCAUUUUUUUUUAGGAAGUAAACUUGAAAAUGCAUUAGAGAUUUGUUAAAUACAUCAAAGAAACUUUUAACAACUACAAGAACAGUACUACUACUACUAUAAUAAUCACUAUUAUUAUUAUUUUUUUUAUUAUUGUCAGAAUGUGGUAUGCCUCUUUUCUGAACUGGCCAUUGUUCCACAAAUCAACCUUGAGUGGCCAUGUGCACCGCAUUUACAUGCAAAGACUGCAGUGUAAACACAACGUAGUACAGCGUUCGUAACCGCACGUUACGAGUAAGAGUGAAGUAAAGAUACAAAUACGGAUGUUUCACAUUACAGAAACUUUACAGGAUAAAAGUGGGAGUAACUUUGACAGUAAUCCAAAAGCUUCUGUAGGUAUCAGGUAUCUCCUGAUGUUUCAGAUUGUAUGUACAGAAAUAAUUGUCUGUGUAUUGUAUGUAAACAAAAACAAAAAUCCUGUAAAAGGACAACAGUGUGACUUUCAGUAAACACUGUGUAUAUCUCAGUUCUUACUGUUCUGUUUUCUGUGUAUCUUUUUGACAAUUUUAUUUUGUGCUCGAAAUGGAAAGGAAAGACAAUGGCAGACCUGUAUUUUAUUCUGUCAGACAGAAGUAAGUCAUAUUUGUGGCUGAGGAAGUCCAAGAACAAUACGUAAAUAGGUUUGUUAGCUUUACUUGACAGAUGUAGAUGUCUGUGUGUGUUACAUCACACCGAGCAAGGGGGCACGGUGGAUAGCACACUGGACUCUCACUCAGGAGAACAACGGUUCAAAUCCCUGUGUAGCCAUCCAUAUUUAGGUUUUCCACAAUUUCCCUAAAUUGCUCCUGGCAAAUGCCGUGUUGUUUCCUUUGAAAGGACACAGACAAUCUCUAUCCCCAAACCUGGAACUUUCUGAGCUUGUGCUCCACCUGUAAUGACCUUGAUGUUGACGACAUUAAACACUAAUCUUCCUUCCUUCAUGUUAUUUCACCAGUUAAAUGUGUGUAAAAUCUGUCAGUAAACUAGGUCUUUGUAGUGUUCUUCGGGGGAUGGCGGAAAUCCAGAGAGAAAUGGAGAGGAUGCUCAAACGUGUCAAAAACUGCAAAAGGAACUAAUGACUCUCAAAAUUAUGGAGUGGUGUUAGCUAUGAAGUUGUGUUGCUUUAUUCUUGUCAACAAAAUUGGUGUUAUAGUGCUGCUGCUAAAAGUUAAUUAAGUACUAUUAGCAGCAUUAAAACAUGGCAUUAGCACUCUGUUGGUCACUGCAAAAUGCACUGCAUUCCUUAUAACUUGAGAUGUUUGGACAUCAGAGUAACAAAAUGUGGUGAGCGAUGUGAUUCAAUGAAAGUAAUGUUUCUAACAGCAAAAAAAUAACUCUAUUAAUGGAGAUGACAAAAGGUACCCAUUUGGCUGAAGUGCAUAAAAAUAAUGCAGCACAGUGGAGAGAAUCUGGAAAUAAUAUAGAUUCUAAGAAAAAGAAAACUGCAUUAUGCUCUGAAGGGAAGAUAUCCCAACAAAGGGCAUUUGUAAAUUGGCUGGCACUACAGAAUUAAGGACUACAGACAGAAAUGUACAAAGUAAUCUUUGGUUUUUCAUUCAUCCAUAUAAUACACAACAGUAAAGACCCAGUUGUAUAAUUACAUUUGUACAAUUUAAACAGAUGAAAUCAAAAGAUAAAUUAAGGAUGUUUUGAAGACACUGUAUCAUUAUGAAUAUUGAAACAUAGAUUUAUAAGACUAGGAGACCUUUAAAUGUUUUCUCUUAAAGUAGCUACAGAUGUUUAGUAUGUGCCAUGGAGAAGAUACAGAAAGCCUUUGAUUUCAAUAGGUACCUCCCAAAUUCACCAUAUUACGUUAGGAAUAUAUUGUCCAUACAACUUCGGAGCAGACACAUGGAAAAUGUCUUUGAGACUUGUAAAAAAUUAAAUUCUUUGCAUAUGUAUGACAACAUUUCAUUAUAAUAUAUUUUAGUGUUUCUUGCAAACUUUUAAUAUGGAAUAGCAGGACUUACUAAAAUAGUCAGCAUGUCUGCAAUAUGUACUGAGUUCACUGGGUGUCAUAAAUUACGUUAGACAAAUGCUGAGAUGGUUGUUUCAGCAAGGCUAUGGCCAAUUUCUGUAUCCAUACUUGCCCAGCUAAGCUUUCAUUGCAUUUCCAGUGAUCCUGACAUGAGUAUGAUGUUAAACUGUCAUCUCUAUUGCUUUCAUUUUAUCAAACUAAUAUAUAUUUACUUAUUUCGAUCUUAUUGUUUGGCUCAUUUAGUGAGCAUCGUGUCCAGCACACAGGUCCAGCUAUACUUUGAUAAAUAAUGUCAAACAAAAUUAGUAUUUCUGAAGAAUUACUAAUUUAGAUUUAUCUCACUGCAUUUGCAACAUGACACACUGACUUUGGAUAACAUACUGCUAAAAUAUGAAAGCAAGGGCGUACAUAGCUUGUGCAAUUAAUAGUCAAGAAAUGAGUUCCUGUGUACUUGGCAAAGUACUCCAGAUGUGUACCGAGUGAGGUAGCGCAGUGGUUAGCACACUGGACUCGCAUUCAGGAGGACGACAGUUCAAUCCCACAUUUGGCCAUCCUGAUUUAGGUUUUCCAUGAUUUCCCUAAAUCGCUUCAGGCAAAUGCUGGGAUGGUUCCUUUGAAAGGGCACAGCUGACUUCCUUCCCCAUCCUACCCUAAUCCGAUGAGAACGAUGACCUCACAGUUUGGUCUCUUCCCCCAAAUCAACCCAACUCAACUCCAGGUGUGUAAGAGAUAAUGGUGUUUACCAGAUCAUGAUACGAGUUAAAGACAUAUUUUGCACUGCGGGCCCCAAAGAACAAAAGUUAUGAGUUAUAGAAGUUGUGAAAAACAGCAAACUUAGCUUUCAUAUGCAAAUGAUAAGCAGCACAAUCCAUGCACUACAUCUGACAUGACUGACUGAGCAUAUGGUAGAACUUGUGGCAUAAAGUACCUGAUGAACCAGUACGAAUAAAAACAAUAAAAAUGAGACUGUAGUGUGAAAAAGGUUUCACGGAAUUAAGCUGUGCAUAUUUACUGCUCCAUUGCUCUGUACCUGAAUUCUGAUAAUGUAAUAAUCCAAAACAUAAAUAAGAAAGAUCUCAAAUAUAAAAUGAUAGUUCUAUAGGAAGAAGAUGCCCUUGGUAUACCUUGCCCUUUAAAUGCUUAUGUUAAUAGGUAUUGUCACAUCUCAUUUGUUAAUUUGUAUUAUGACUGGCACAACAAUCACCUUGAUUGGUGUGAUACACUCAUUCGCUACAGUGGGAUGCCCUCCUAGUAUCAUGCUGCACAUAUCAUUCCAGCUAUUCUCAUGGCAAUAUUCUGCAGUUGGUGUUCAUUUCAGAUACCGAAACAAUCACUUCAUAAAAGUGUAACUAACACUUAAUUCUCUAGACUAUCUAAUAACAUGUGGGGCAUAACUCGCUGAAAAGGUUGAAGAGUUAACCUAGAUAGUGUGUUCAGUCUUAUAGUUUCGCAGAAACGUAAGGGUAUUUUCUUCUCACAAAGGACCAUGCAAGCAUCUCAUCCAUAUUUUUUAAACGUUUAUUCUCAGCAUAUAAAUGUGUGUCCAGGAUCUGCUUAAUGAUAUUAAAUAUUAAUUGUAGAUUGGUACAUGCACAGAACUGUGAUACUGUAAAGAUUAAUCAAGCUAUCUGCACUAAAAAUAUCAUAUAUAAAGUUGAGAUUGUGGCAUGUUUAAUUGAUUGGACUAACAUAAUGGAGGUUUCAGUAAUACCAACAAAUGUUCAGAAUGGCCAUAAAUCUUUCCUGGUAUGCUUACAAAUGUAAUGGGCCAGAUUCUCACAAGGUUAUCAGUGAAGUAAGCUCAGAAAGCAGUAGCCAGUAUAUACUCAUUUUCAGUUAAAAAUAUGUGCACUGCUACCCGAGUAUCUAGUUAUGGUAGAUGUGUUUAUCAGCUGCAGUGAGAAUCCACAGUCAAAGAGAAGUUUUAAUAUACUUUGGUUUAUAAAUCAUUUUAUGUUUGUUAAAAAACUACAGGAUGUGUAGAUACUGAACUGUGAUAAUCAUAGAAAAACUAAGAGUCAGGCAUAUAUUUUCACAUUUUGUAACUGUAAGAUCUGCACUGAAUUCACUUCAUAAAAAUAAACUUAACAAGAGAAGUAUUAAGUUGCCUGAAUUCAAAUGUAUAUUGUUUGAAAUUGUAGAUGUAAAUGUAGAAUGCCUAUUUGUUAUUAAUGGAAGCUAUAUUCAUUUAGAUGAAAGUGCAACAUAAGAUGUAACUGAGAUUUAAUAGUUUCAAGCUAUAAUUUGAUUUCUUAGUCUAUUGACUAUAAUUAUUUCACAAAUUGUCAUUUUCUCCAAUUUGUGCUACUUAUAUAAGUUUUAUUUCAAGAGCCAUCACAGCAGAUUUGCAUGUCUGCUUACUAUUGUAGUACAAGCUUUUAACAUGAAUAAGCAAGUUUUUUCCUUGAUAAAAUAUGAAGAGAAGUCAGUAUUGAGUGCUUUAUGUCUACCUUCCUGUUCUUUGGAAGGAUCAGAGUUUUAAGUUUCAUGUGAAUAAAGUAUUCUGUUUUAAAGUCCA